CCCGCGCCUGCGCACUGCGCCGUGCCACGGGUGGUCGCGAGGCGGACGUCGGUCCCGGAGCCUGACCAUUGGCCACUGAGCCGAGCCGGCGCUGCCCCGCGCAGGGGUGGCAGCACGUGCCGGGGGCGAGAGCGGAGACCGCAGCUAUGGCGUCGUUACUUUGGGGAGGCGACGCUGGGGCGGCGGAGAGCGAGCGGCUGAACUGCCACUUUUCAAAUCUCGUCCACCCCAGGAAGAACCUUCGUGGUAUUAGGAGUACCACAGUCCCAAACAUAGAUGGCUCUCUUAACACGGAAGAAGAUGAUGAUGAAGAUGAUGUAGUGGAUUUGGCAGCCAAUUCACUCUUAAACAAAUUAAUCCGUCAGUCCUUAGUAGAAUCCAGCCACCGAGUGGAAGUCUUACAGAAGGAUCCCAGCUCUCCACUCUACUCGGUGAAAACAUUUGAGGAACUACGGCUAAAAGAAGAGUUACUAAAAGGGAUUUAUGCAAUGGGAUUUAACAGACCAUCCAAAAUCCAAGAGAUGGCCCUCCCUAUGAUGCUCGCACAUCCUCCCCAGAACCUCAUAGCACAGAGCCAGUCCGGAACAGGAAAAACAGCUGCCUUUGUCUUAGCAAUGCUAAGCAGAGUGAAUGCCUUGGAAUUGUUUCCACAGUGCCUCUGCCUGGCUCCUACCUAUGAACUGGCUCUGCAGACUGGCCGUGUGGUUGAAAGGAUGGGGAAAUUCUGUGUGGAUGUUGAAGUGAUGUAUGCCAUUCGAGGAAAUCGAAUUCCUAGGGGCACGGAAGUCACCAAACAGAUUAUAAUUGGUACUCCUGGGACUGUCCUAGAUUGGUGUUUCAAGCGAAAAUUGAUUGAUUUGACUAAGAUUCGUGUGUUUGUCCUGGAUGAAGCAGAUGUGAUGAUCGACACCCAAGGAUUCUCAGAUCAGAGUAUUCGUAUUCAAAGAGCGUUACCCUCCGAAUGCCAGAUGCUCCUCUUUUCGGCGACCUUUGAGGACUCUGUGUGGCAGUUUGCUGAACGAAUCAUCCCUGACCCCAAUGUUAUCAAGUUACGAAAAGAAGAGCUGACCCUGAACAACAUCCGGCAGUAUUAUGUGCUGUGUGAGAACAGGAAAGACAAAUACCAAGCCCUGUGUAACAUCUACGGCGGCAUCACCAUUGGCCAGGCCAUCAUCUUCUGCCAGACGCGCCGAAACGCCAAGUGGCUGACUGUGGAGAUGAUGCAGGAUGGCCAUCAAGUAUCCUUGCUAAGCGGGGAGCUCACAGUGGAGCAGCGAGCCUCCAUCAUUCAGAGGUUCCGAGAUGGCAAAGAGAAGGUUCUUAUAACGACCAAUGUCUGUGCGCGAGGAAUUGAUGUGAAGCAGGUUACCAUUGUUGUGAACUUUGACCUUCCUGUAAACCAGUCAGAAGAGCCAGACUAUGAGACCUACCUCCACCGUAUAGGACGGACAGGACGCUUUGGGAAAAAAGGUCUCGCCUUUAACAUGAUCGAGGUGGAUAAGCUGCCCCUGCUUAUGAAAAUACAGGACCACUUCAAUAGCAAUAUUAAGCAACUCGACCCAGAAGAUAUGGAUGAGAUUGAAAAGAUCGAAUAUUGAAGAGAGGCCUUUGACGUCUGUGGGCUACCCUAGUUUAUGUGAGAAUGUUCCAGCAGGGUUUGAAGAUAAUUUUUUAUGUUGAGGCUCUGUCAAGGUGACACUGUCAUAGAUGAGAAAAUAAAUGCCAUGGUACCCUUCAUUCUAAGACCUGAGGUCUUUUUGAAACCAAAUUGAUUCGAAGCAUGUGACCCUUUUAAAUGAGAAGGCAAGAUUCCUUCUUCUAACCUGUUUACAGGUAAAGAUGUUGCCUGGGCUUCUCAGAUGGCUCUCUAUUUAGUUUAUACGCUGUGUAGAUCAUGCCUGUUUAUGAGCCUGGCCACGAGGGGGCAGCAGAACAUCACCAAUUUUAGAAUUUGCGCUAGUAGUACAGAUAAGAACCUCUACCCAUUUUCAAGCUUCACUCACAGGCCGCCCUUUCUGCAUAUUAGUUUUCCCAUUCCCACCCCUUGUCCUCAGGUAAACAUACACUUUGAAACUUUCAUGAGAGAGAGAGUAUGAGAGAGCAUUUUGCUUUUAAUAUUCCAGGCGACACCCAGAAAUUCUGAAUAUUUCCCUCUUCUGCUGUUACUGUCUUCAGAUUAGAAAAGAUUUAUUCCAUCAGGUUAUCUCAUAGUCUUUAAAAAUGUGGCUUUAUUCUAGAUAUUAUCAAAAAGUAAGCAAUGAAGAUUCUAAAAAAAAAAAAAAAACGAAAACAAACAAACAAACAAAAAAAAAAACAAGGUAGGACCUAGAGCGACAUACAAGUGGGUACAGCUCUAGCUGUAUUGUCUGUGUGAGUGAGGGGUUCUGAAUUCACAGCCCCAGCCCCAGUAGAAAGGCCGGGUCUAGUAGAACAAGUCUGCACAGAGCUGGGAGCCAGAGACAUAGAUCUAGGGAGCUCACAGGCCAAGUCAGUCUAACGGAAAUGGUGAUAUCCGGGGUCAGUGAGAGACACUGUUCCAGAAAACAAGGUGGGAAGAGUGACAACAACCUCUGUCCUUCACAUGCCCACAAUCAUCAGCACUCACACACAUGUACACACACCCCCACACACGCACACGCACCCAGGCGUGCAUGUAUGCCUGCAUGCCCGCGUACCCACAGCAUGCACAUGUACACAUGCAUCCCCUCACAUGCAUGCAUUACAUGAAUCCACCAAGAAAUUAAACAAAUCUAAAACACGCCCAGAAGCAACAUGUCAGGGAGUCAAAGAGUUUGUUUAUAAAGGCUUCAUGGUAGCUGGACAUGGUGGUGCAUACCUGUAAUCCCAGCACUUAGGAAGGAUUCCCACAAGUCUGAGGCCAGCCUAGUCAACACAGCAAGACCCUGUCCAGAAUUGAAAAAGAAAGAAAAGAAAAAGAAAAAGAAAAAGGUUUGUUUUAAGGAAGAAUUUAAAUCUUCUGUGGAUAUUUUUCUACAAGCAAAAAUGUACUUAAUUUCCACAAUUUGUUACUUAGAAAUUAAAUCAUGAGCUUGAAAACAUGGAGUGAAAGUUAGAUUCUCAUAAAGCCAAUUCACCUGUGCCAAAAGCCUACAGCUCUGUGACACUCUAAGCUGCCAGUGGGUGUAUGUGCUACCCUGCUGUGGAUAUGGUUUGUGGCUUAUCUAUUAUAGUCCACUUGGAUAUCACUGUCCCUAAGUGCAGUGCUUGAAACUGGGAGAAGGCGCAGGCUCCCUCGUGCAACACUAGGUAUUUAUCCUGCAUCAUUGUGCUAAGCAGCAUGGAAAGGGAAAUAAGUAACAUUCGAGACAUCUCAGCAGAGAGUAUAACAGCAGAGACCUAGUGUCUGCCAACAUCAAAAAAGCUUCAGGAGAAGAACAGGCAUGUCUAGUGUCACACAGAUGGGUCCCCAGUGGCCUCUAGGCCAACUGUAAAUAGGAUAUACCAGGCCUCCUACAGAGGACAGGGGCAUUCUUAGCACCAUGGCAGUCUCCUAACGUGGGUCCCCUGAGGCAGUGUUCCAGACCCAGUUCAUCCUGGGAGAGCCUAGAGAGCCUAAAUACAACAACAACAACAAACUACCAGUCCCUUGUCCUGGGUAGACAAAGCCAGAUGUGCUGAGGAUAGGAUCCAGAAGUACUUAGGGAGAGAGCCAAAAGUUGGCAGAGCAGUGGGUACGGAAGACUACUAUCUAACAAGAUGAUGCCGAGUCAGAUUCUCUGAGAGUUUGCCAAAAGGAGCCAUCAUUUGGGAAUAUCGGCUCCAUUGUUUCUACUACAUCUGCCUGCCUCUCGGUGACCGGAAGCUGCCAGUCUUGUGCACUCAGUACCUCACCCAUCAUGGUACCCAUGAAUAGUUAAUUCUCCCAGUGAGUAAAUGUUUUUCUUUUGCUUUCUUUUCAACCUGUAGCAUUUUCUUUACUUUUGAAGCCCAGUAAUAAGACAUAGGAUAAGCAAGCAUGAGAGACAGAAAGUAUUUUUGUUUCACUGUCUGAGAAAUGAGUUGGGCUCUCCAUCGUACUCAGCUCAGCCUUGAUGUAUCCUAAAUAAAUCACACGUGCACACCGUUUCCAGUGCAGAUCUCUGGUUAAGGCCUGAGCAGGUCUCUAUCACCACAUGAACCUUUGGGAAGCUCCACCUGGCAGCACUUCCCACAGCGUCUGCAAACUCUAGACCUUCUUGUAUUUUGCCCUUUGUCCCUCUGCUCCCAUCCCUUUGUCUCCCAACCUAGAAGGAAGCAAGGUCACAGCCGUAUUAAACUACUGUCACGAUUGGAUGAGACAGCAAUCAGCAAUCGAGAGACUGUUUUGCCACAGCAGCUCCUUGCUCAUAACUGUAAGCAGUGUUGCUAUUUCCACAUUGGCAUGGCCAGGGUCUUCUGAGUGCUGGCUGGAGAAGGGAAUAAAUGGAGAGGCAAGGAAUAGCCAGACGAUUUCAGAGCAUCUGUGAGUGGGCUUCAUCAGCUGUGUAUUACUUGGCACCAGAGACUAAACCAAAUCCAGGAGGUUUACAUUGGCCGACUUAGUACUGUUAGUGUGCUGAACUUGGUGAUUGCAUGUGGCAGGUUUGUGAUUUGCAGGGCAACUGUGAGCGAUCACCCAGCCUGGGCCUUGCUGCUGUGUUGUUAGGUGCAGAAUCCAAGGCAGCUAUUAAUAAUUGGAAAGGCAAGAGUUGUCCAUGGUCUGGUAGGAUGUCUGACAGCUCAAGGGACGUUACUGUGUUUCAGGAACGUGUUGAUCCUCCUCAGUGGAGCCUUGUUAACAUGAAAGCCACUGGCAGUCUGCACAUAUGAGCAGUGAUGGAAAGUCUUAGAGGGCUUCAUGAGAGGGUUAGGGGUGGGGAAAUUCCUUACGUGACACAGGGGAAAAUGCUGCUUGUACCAAACCUGUUUGGGUCUUGGGCCUCUCAGUUCAUGCAGCUGCCUAGAUUAGAAAAAGAACCUAAGCAGAGACCUCCCUGCUGUUGGGCGGGAAAUGGAAAUAAAAGUCCAGACCUAGGGCCUCCUGGGCCUGUACCUCUUUUACCCCUGGAUCUUCUGUCUGUCACCACUGAACAGUCAGUCAUGCACACUGAUCUCAGUGGGCUCCAGAGCCAGCACUGAGUGUCUUUUUUCCAGGGAGCUAUAGAAGGUUCUAGUCUCUUCAGUUCUGACCAGUGCAGCCCUUAGCCACUUCUAGGGAAUAGUCAAGAAUAAUUAAGACCUGGGUGUCAUUCUGCUCCACAACCUGUGAGCAAAUAUAGCCUAGCUAUAUGCUUUGAAGAAUACUCACUUUUAAAUUCCACCGUUGGGAGAAUUCUAUAUUAUUCUGCCCCCUUGUACCUGUCUGCUGGCUGCUUCUGCCCUCUACUCCUGCCCCUCACUUCCUGAGAUAAUGAUUUCACCCAGAUUCUGACUUCUCAUUUGCCAUGGGCAUCCCAGAAGGUCAGCUGAGCCAUACUCAGGCCUGUUUCUAUAGUGUAGCCUGCCCUAUCAUCUCUAGACACUCUUCUGAUUUCUUCUAUUUCUUUACAAACUAUUAUUUAUAAUAUGGGUGGAGUGAAGCAACAUUCACACUUUUUAAUUACAUUUUAUUUUUAUUGUUGGUGUGGGAGGGGCCACAUGCCGGCCACAAGACACAUGUGGAGGUCAGAGGACAAGUUUCAUAGUUGGUUCUCUCCUACCACCAUGUUGGUUCUGACACGGAACUCAGGUUACCAAUGAGGCGUCUCACAGAUAAAGGCCUAAGUUCCAUGUCAGAAUUCUCUCUCUCUCUCUCUCUCUCUCUCUCUCUAUCUUAUGUGUGGAGAUUGUUGUUGAAAGGUGGUCUCACUGUGCAGCCCUCAUUGGUCUGGAACUUGCUAUUUGGAGCAGGCUGGCUUCAAGCUCACAAUGAUCCAUCUGCCUCUGCCUCCUGAGUAAGAAUAAGACAUGUGCCCUUUCUUCAUUUUUAGUGUAGAGUUUCUGCUUCAGACAGAACUUAACACACUUCUCGUGAAAUAACAGGAAGUGUUAUGGGGCUUGGUGAGAUGGUAACUGUACAGCUCUGUAGCUGCACAGCCCCCUUUGACCAGCAUUUUUGGGCUUCCACUUCUGGGGAAGUUAUCAACAAGCAGAAAGCUCUACUAAAAGGAAGAUGAGCUCUAGCGAGACUCUGAGAGUUUUCUAAGAUUUUAAUGGCAACCCAAGGUCUCUGCUGUUCUUCUUGAUCAGAAUAACUGUGUUUAUUUCAGUUUUGAAAUAUAUCUUCACUGAAUAGGAAUGCUCUUCUGUUUUGAACUUAAUAAUUUCCUAAGCUAAAAUGAAUAGAUAGUCUCACUCUGGGCCCUUGGUUUGUGGUAUGUGGCUUCCAAUCUCAUUUAGAAUGAAGUGACUGACAGGGAAGUCCAGCUAUUGUGAAGUUCAGAGGUCCAGUCGUGUAUAAAAGCCUGAGACAGUGCUUAGAA